UUUGCGUUCCGUUGCCAAGGAUACAGGUUUCCAACGACGCAUCCUCACAGCGCGCAUCCUUCAGUGCCAGCGCUGCGGACAUGAAUUAUCAACAAGGAUUUGUCGGGCAAGGAUAUGGAUUUGAGGCAAGUAACCAGCCCCCUCCUUACCCGUCAAGCCCAGGCCCCGGAGCUGGGUACCCCCCACAAUACACCCCAUAUCCUCAGCCAGGUCUAGUUCAAGCUCCCCCUACUCAGUAUGGGAUGAUCCAGCCCCAGCCCGAGCCUGGCCUGGUAGUGGUGGCAGGAAUCCCUCUGACUGAGGUCCCUGGCCAAGCGCACUGCCCCCACUGUCAGAAACUGGUGGUGACUGAGACCAGAUACGUCGACGGCAACCUGAACAGGCUCUGGGCGCUCAUUUUACUCUUUGUGUUCUGGCCGUGUUGUCUCGCUCCGUUCUGUGUAGACAGCUGUAAGGAUGUGGAACACCGAUGUCCAGACUGCCGCAGCGUGAUUCACCUCUACAAGCGCCUGUGAAGGAUCCCACACCACCACCUCCACCUAGUUGCUACUGUAUAUCUUCACUCCAAAUCACCACCACUGACUGAUAUAUUGAAAUAAAGCACAUCUAUCUGUUUACAGAA